AUGGCGUCCGAAUAUGGGCAAAUAAUUUGGGUCUGGGGUGACAGAAACAAACUGAGGCGGAGCUUUUGGACUCCUUUUGACAUACCACCAGCAACCCCACCGACCCCAGAGCCACAAGAACACGACAACACUAGACCACAACACGAAGAACAGGUUGGCAACACCUCUGAGUCGCCCACACCAAGCAAGGAUCAUCCUAUGACAAAAGCAGGACAAAAAGAGCAGGAUGACCAGCCCAACGACCAUCCAACAGCAAAGAAACAAAAGACAUCAGCGCAUCCACAGCAACUCCAGGCCCACACUAGCUCGCACCAGACUUCCAUGGAUUCCGGUUCUGCGUCGCCGCCACCCUACAGUGGUGGUAUUCUGCGUUCAGAAUAA